GGAAGCCCCGCCUCCGCGCCGGAAGCCCCGCCUUAGCGAGGGAGGCAGGCCAAUCAUGGAGCCGUAGCUCAUACCCUUUGCCCUGCAGCCGCGAGGGCGGGCGGAAGUUUUCAGUGCGCAUGUACGUGCCGGCCGGGGAUAUGGCCACCUCCUCGGUGUCCAAGGGCUGUUUUGUGUUUAAACCAGACUUCAAGAAAAGAAAGAUCACUGUGCCAAUAGAGGAUUAUUUUCAUAAGAAACAUGAGUCUGAGGACAGAAAACUUCGAUAUGAAACUUAUAACUUGAUGUGGCAGCAGAUGAAAUCUGUAACUGAGGUUGUAGUAGUUGGAGGUGUGAAUGUCACGGAUCACGAUUUAAUAUUCAGAAGUCUAACAGAGGCCCUUCACAAUAACGUCACACCAUAUGUGGUAUUAUUGCAAGCUAAAGAGUGUCCAGAUUUGAAACAUUUUUUGCAAAGGUUUGCCUCACAGUUGAUGGACUGCUGUGUAGAUAUAAAACCCAAAGAGGAAGCAAAUGUUAAGGUCACCCAGAAAAAGACAUAUUAUUCAGUGGAUUCACUUUCCAGUUGGUAUAUGACCGUCACACAGAAGACAGACCCCAAAAUGCCAAGCAAAAAGAGGACUACUUCUGGCCAAUGGCAGUCUCCUCCUGUUGUACUUAUCUUAAAGGAUAUGGAGAGCUUCACCACAAAAGUACUCCAAGACUUCAUAAUUAUCAGCAGUCAACAUCUGCAUGAGUUUCCACUAAUUCUCAUUUUUGGAAUCGCCACAUCUCCUGUUAUCAUCCACCGAUUGCUUCCUCAUGCAGUAUCAUCUCUAUUGUGUAUAGAACUGUUCCAGUCUUUGUCUUGCAAAGAACACCUGACUACUGUACUUGAUAAGCUGCUUCUUACAACUCAGUAUCCUUUUAAAAUAAGUGAAAAAGUGUUACAGGUUCUGACCAACAUCUUUCUGUAUCAUGAUUUUUCAAUUCAAAAUUUUAUCAAAGGACUUAAGCUUUCUCUUCUAGAACAUUUUUAUUCCCAACCCCUAAGUGUUCUGUGCUGUGAUCUUCCAGAAGCCAAGAAAAGAAUAAAAUUUUUAUCAGUUAAUCAAUGUGAAAACAUCCGACGACUUCCAUCAUUUAGGAGGUACGUGGAACAGCAAACUCCCGAGAAACAAGUUGCACUGUUGACCAAUGAGACAUGUUUAAAGGAGGAAACUCAAUCAUUACUGGAAAACCUGCAUGUUUACCAUAUGAAGUACUUCCUGAUUUUGAGAUGUCUUCAUAAUUUUACCUCUUCUCUUCCCAAGUACCCACUGGGUCGACAGAUCAGAGAGCUGUAUAGCACAUGUUUAGAAAAGAACGUAUGGGAAUCAGAAGAAUAUGCAUCGGCCUUGCAGCUGCUGAGAAUGUUGGCAAAAGAUGAACUGAUAACCAUACUUGAGAAAUGUUUUGAGGUCUUGAAUUCCUCUUCUGAAAAGCAGCUUGGCAGUACAAUAAAGAAAAUAGAGGAUUUCUUGUCCCAGUUUCAGAACCUUGAUGAAGAUGCCAAAGAGGAAGAGGAUGCUUCUGGAUCACAGCCAAAGGGGCUACAGAAGACAGACCUCUAUCACCUUCAGAAGUCCUUAUUAGAAAUGAAGGAGUUAAGGAGAACAACUAAGAAGCAAACCAAGUUUGAAGCACUCAGAGAAAAAGUUGUGAACUUUAUCGACUGUCUGGUGAGGGAUUACCUUCUGCCUCCUGAGAGCCAGCCUCUGCAUGAGGUGUUGUACUUCAGUGCGGCCCACACGCUUCGUGAGCAUUUAAAUGCUGCUCCACGAAUCGCUCUCCACACCGCACUCAAUAAUCCCUAUUAUUAUCUAAAGAAUGAAGCCCUGAAAAGUGAGGAAGGCUGCAUUCCAAAUGUCGCCCCUGAUGUGUGUGUAGCAUAUAAACUUCACCUGGAGUGUAGCAGGCUCAUCAACCUUGCUGACUGGUCAGAGGCUUUUGCAACAGUUGUGACAGCUGCUGAAAAAAUGGAUGCAAGUUCUACAACUUCAGAAGAAAUGAGUGAAAUUAUCCAUGCUCGGUUCAUUAGAGCUGUUUCUGAACUAGAACUUUUAGGGUUUAUAAAAUCCACAAAGCAGAAGACUGAUCAUGUGGCAAGGCUAACAUGGGGAGGCUGCUAGAAAGCAAGGAGUGAAGGCAGAAGGACCACACCUCCUGUAAGAAUAUUUAUAUGCCACUGAAAGUUCUGGUGAGGAAUGUGUAAUCCUCUUGUGAUGUUUAGCCAGAAAGUGGACUGCUAACCCAAAACAGGUAUAAUCAAAACGUCUUUGGAGUACUUCAGAAAUCUAAUCAUCAUGCUUACAUGACUAAACCUCUGGCACAUCACUGUACUUUCCACCGAGUCGUACUAAAUUCUGAGUAAAUCCUUCUUGAAUGUAUGUAAAUGGAAUAAAUGUCUUUAUUCAGUGUUACUUCUAAUUGGUAUAGCAGGACUCAUUCUUUGAAUUCUUGUACUAAAACUUCUCACUUUAAUGUAUUGUAUAACAUCAAUGUGCUAUAGGUUUUCUUUCCAUUCCUAGAAGGGCUCUAAAACUGCCUCUGCCUCCCCAUUUCCUUUAAUCUUGCAAUUUACAAGUCUUCUAAGUUGUUUGGCUUUAUACUUAAUGGCAGUAAAUACUUCUAGAUGUUCAGUCAUGGAGACUUACAGCCAUGUAGUGCUCUCCAAGCUUACAAAACUCAGAAGGGUAAAAGUAAGACACAGGUAAAAUGAUCUCUUCCAAUAUAAGAACUUAAUACAUAAUGAAUCAGACACUUAAAGCUCAUUAUUUAAUGUUCAACUCCAGAGAGAAUUCAGAAGCUUAACAUUACCAAAUUUCCAUGCAAAUUUGGUUGGGGCAGUGAAGACGUUCCCCCUCAAAAAACAGACUUUGUUACCAAGCCUUAGCAUUAGCUUGUAGUUGCAGUGUGUGUGCAUGCAUGUGCACAUACAACUUUGAGAGCAAUUUUAGUAUAUAUGUCAAUUCUGGUGUGUGGGUGUUAAAUUGUGUAUGGAUUUAAAAUGUCUCAGACCUCUGGCAACACAAUAAUGGGCUUAGGUGGCAUUAAUUAGUAGCUGGUACU